GAAGCAGAGUCUAGAGGUGCCAAAGUUCUGAUCGCGAAUGUUAUAGGUUUGGAGUUUGAUAAAUUUAAAGUAUCAGGAGUUCAUUUGUCGACGAACGAAAUAAUCCCUGUAGAUACGGUUAUUAUUGCUAUGGGUCCAUGGAGUGGCGAAGCACUUUCAUGGUUGGCAAAGAAAAGCGGCCGUGCUUAUCAACUGCCUGGUGUUUCCGGACAAAGGGCACAUAGCAUUGUAUUACGACCAAAUGUUGAUAUAUCACCGCAUGUUUGUUUCGUAACGUUAAAUCUUGGUCAUAAAUAUGCCGAACCAGAAAUUUACCCGCGCCCAGAUGGAGAGGUAUAUGUUUCUGGAGAAUGUGACGAAUCACCUCUUCCGGAUAGUGCUGAAGAAUAUAUUCCCAACCCAACGGCUAUUAAAAAUCUUAAAAGUAAUAUAAAUACCCUUUCUCCGGAUAUUCUUGGCAGUGCAACCGUAGUACGCGAACAAUGUUGUUAUAUGCCGAUAUCAGAAGACGAUAAACCGUUGAUUGGAAAAGUUCCAUGGCUUGAUGGGGUUUAUCUUGCAACAGGUCAUUCUGUUUGGGGAAUCUUAAACUCUGCUGGCACCGGAAAGGUUAUCGCAGAGAUGGUACUGGAAGGUCAGACGAAGUUUGCGGAU